AUGGCAAAGAACAAGAAACGCAAGAUCCACACCAACCACGCCGAGCAUCGCAAACCUGCGCGACCGCCGCAGCGCAAAGAUGUCGCGAAAUCAAAAUCCUCCGCGAAGCACCAAUCCGCCAAACCGGCCAAAGCCUCCCAGCAGCAUCAGCAGCCCACGAUUCCAUUCCUCGCUGAAGAUCGCAUCCUCCUGAUCGGCGAAGGCGAUUUUUCUUUCUCCCGCUCCAUCGUUGCCGAACACGGCUGUUGCGAUAUCACUGCGACAUGCUACGAUUCUCAGGAAGAGCUUUUCGAGAAGUACAAACCGCAAGCUGAAUCGCAUGUCCAGUAUCUGGAAGAAGAAGGGCAAAAGGUGUUGUACAGCGUCGACGCUACGAAAUUGGAUAAGAACAAGCAGUUAUCGAAAGCUGUGGCCGAAGAUGGGAAAUUCAAUGUCAUAUUGUUCAAUUUUCCGCAUGUGGGGGGGAAGAGUACAGAUGUGAAUCGACAGGUGCGGUUCAAUCAGGAAUUACUUGUGAAGUUUUUCCAGACGGCGCAGGGGUUGUUGGUUGUGAGUGGGAGUAAUGAGGAGGAGAAGGGGACGAUUGUGGUGACAUUGUUUGAGGGUGAGCCGUAUACGUUGUGGAACGUGAGGGAUUUGGCGAGACAUGCGGGGUUGGAGGUUGUGAGGAGUUUUAAGUUCUUGGCUGAGGCGUAUCCGGGGUACGAACAUGUGAGGACGCUGGGGAAUUUGGUUGGCGGUGGUGGGUGGAAGGGGGAGGAUAGAGAGGCGAGGAGUUAUGUGUUUCGAAUGAAGGGUGGUGGUGGAGAUGGCGGCGCAAACGAAAAGCCGAAGACGCAGGGUGAAAUGCAGAAGGAGAUGGAGAGGCAGAGGAGGGAGAGGUUGGGGGCUGGAGAUAAGAGGAAGAGGGCGAAGGAUGUGGACAGCUCUUCGGAUGAGGAGUGA